AUGACGACGAUCCCAUUCACUCCCUCGGCAAGUCCGACUCAGCAUCAACCUGGAUCUAGUCCAUCUACAUCCAAUCUCAACAAGGAACUACCUUCCACACCGAGGAAGGCUCAUACAGCGAGGUCUCAAACACCCUCACCAAGCAAGAACAAGAAGCAUUCUCCGAUCUUCGUGAGAAUGCCUACACCAACUUCCCCAACUCCCGAAGCUGGUAAGAAGCCCAUGCGCAAGACGGUCCAAGCGGGUCAAGGUGAUAAGGAAAAGGAAGAAGAAGAUGGAAAGAGCUUGCUCAACCCUCAUUCUUCCACCUUCGAACCCAAAUCAAACGCCGAAAACUUCAUGUCCAAAAUGCGUAAUCUUUCGCUCACCGAUCAAGAAUCUUCCACUAGAUAUGUUGAAAAUGUAAUUGAGAAGGAAAGUCCCUCCACCCCGAAGAAGAAGAAGGAAGUCCCCCACUUUGAUACCCCUCGUCGAUCUAUCCGAGCCGGAACAACGACUUCCACUCCUUCCCUGAGCUAUACCCCAUUCGCUCCGUCCACCGGUCAAUCCUCGAAACUCCCGGUUACUCCUUCUACCCCUGCCACACCCAUCAGAAAAGAGGGGGAAUAUAUCUCCAAAGAGAAGAACACAGAAGAGCAAUUCGUUUCUGGACCAAUCGAAGCGAAUUCAGACGACAUUGGGAGAUAUCUUCUGAUCCAACAAAUCCCUCGAGAUACAACGGAAGAUGAGAUCAAAAGUUUGGUUCAAUCAGGGUACGAUACCCCUGCUCACCUACUUGCCCUCAGCAGAAGACUGCACGAGCCUGGUACUGUCGAAGGUCUGAUCAACAACGCUGAUAUCGAAGCUCGAGCUAGACAAGGUCAAGGUAUCGGUGGUCAUUGGAAUGCCAAUGACAGAAAGGCUAUUCCUGCUCAUAACAGAGUGUUCCCCGAAAGGAUUUUAUCAGGGCUUGACCCACGAACAACGGUCAUGGUCAAAGAUGUACCCAAUAAAUUGUCAAGACAGGAGCUUGUCAAUAUCCUUGAAGAGGUGGUACCUGGAGACUACGACUUUGUGUAUCUCCGAUUUGAUUUCAAGAAUUGCUGCAACGCGCUUUACCGAUUCAUCGAAGCCAAAGUAGGCAAGAAAUGGAACAUGUUCUCCAGUGAGAAAGUCCUCCAAGUCUCAUAUGCGGAUAUUCAAGGAAAAGCGGCUUUGAUCAACAAGUUCAAGAAUUCCGCUGUUAUGGGCGUCAUAGAAGCUUGGAGACCCCAAAUCUUCUACUCAAGUGGUCGAAUGAAGGGCAAACCUGAACCUUUCCCCGACUCCGACAAUCUGGCUGUUAGAUCAAGGUCUGCUGCCGCUCAGCUCGCUGGCUUUUCGACCGGGUCCAACUACUCUUAUGGGUAUGAUGAUCAAUACUACGACUACUCUUCGCCUCACGGUUCCACCUAUGGGAUCUAG